AUGUCACAUUUCAAACGAAAUUAAUUUGCAACGAUAAGAUUACAUCAAAGUGCAGAAUUUCAUGUUUCCCUUUCUACUCCACCACAUCAAAUUGAUGGAAAUGGCACUGUUCGUGUUCAAUGGAAUACAACUGAAUUUAUUGAUUGUUUUACAUUAUCACCAAAAGAAUUUACUUUUAAUAUUAAUAAUUUUCAAGAAAAACAAAUAUUAACAAUAACUCGUAUUAAAAAUGCACCUAAAACACUCCUUAUUCCAAUAUUAUAUGGUGAAGGUUUGGAUCUUAUUCCACCACAAAUGUUUUCCAUUUAUAUUGAUUAA